AUGUCUACAAAUCAGACAAUCAUUAGAUACUUCAUCAUAAAAGGGAUCUCAAGUGAUCCACAACUGCAAGCUCCAAUCUUUGUUCUGGUUCUGCUUAUUUAUCUCUUCAUUCUUGGUGGUAACAUAAUAAUAUUUUUACUGAUCUGUCUGGAUCAUCAUCUUCACACUCCGAUGUACUUCUUCCUAGCGAACUUGUCCAUAGUGGAUAUUUCAUAUUCAACCAUAGCGCUGCAUAACAUCCUUACGUUUUUCAUUACUCAAAACAAUAGAGUAUCUUUCCUUUCUUAUAUGAUGCAGAUAUAUAUAUUUGGAUCACUAACAGGUCAUGAGCUAUUGAUACUGACAGCCAUGAGUUAUGAUCGCUAUGUAGCCAUUUGUAAGCCUUUACAUUAUCACAUGGUAAUGAGUGGUAGAACAUGUUCACUGAUGGCUUCUGCCUGCUGGUCAUUGGGUUUUUUGCAGAUCAUUCCUCCUUUUGUAAUAUUGUGCAGCUUUACAUGCUAUUCAUCAAUUGAAGUCAAUCAAUUCUUCUGUGAUUUUUUUCCAUUGUUAAAAAAUUCUUGUAAUGAUACAUCAACUUUAGAAAUGUUGUUUUUUAUAGAAGGGUUGUUUCUUUUUUGCUUACCCCCUUUUGUGCUCACUUUUGUUUCCUAUAUAUUUAUAGUAAGAGCCAUACUGAAGGUACCUUCUGCUAUUGGUCGGCGUAAAGCUUUCUACACAUGUUCCUCACACCUCACCAUUGUCAUAUUGCUCUACACAACUCUUGCCACUCAGUAUCUGACACCAAACCUAGGUAGCACUUUGGACUUUAAGAAACUUUUUGCUCUGGUUAACACAACUGCUGUUCCCAUGUUCAAUCCACUAAUUUAUAGCUUGAAAAACAAAUCUGUUAAAACUGCUCUCAGACGGAGAAUAUUGAAGCUUAAAAUGAUCACUUACUAUUUUUGGUUUUAA